GACUCGUCCACCAUGGCGAUUGAAAGCUUGGCCCCCGAAACCCUUAUACACAUCCUCAAAAUCGUCUCUCAGCUCGAGUUCCAACAAGAUGAAGCCGUCUACUUGCACAAUACUAUUCUCAAAUGUGCUGAGGUUUCCCGACGAUGGCGCUCCAUCGUGCUCGGGGCACCCACUCUCUUCACCCACUUCAUCAUCUCAUUCGGACUUUUGAAAGCCGCAAAUUGCAACAUGCACAAAUGUAUCGGCUUUUGGCUGGAACACUCGAAACCACUUCCGGUAACCAUUCUAUUGCGAUUUUUGCCUCCUUUCUCGGACCCUGCAGGUUUCACGGCAUUCCAUGACCUGUGGAACACCUCCAUCGCCCCUAACAUCUACCGGUUUGGAGGAAUCCAUUUCCAGCUUCCGCAUCCAGAGAUAACUCCACCUUACACCUCUUUCUCAUUACUAUCCCCCCUCGAACGUGUCCACGCUCCGACUCUCAAUAAUAUCGUCAUUCAACGUAAAAAUUCCUCACAUUGUGUACAGGCCAUUUACCCUCCCUUCAAGUCUACUCCGAACUUGCGUAAGGUAGUCGUUCGCGGCUCGGACAUAUUUCCCUUAACGAAGGAAUUACAAGAGCUCAAUAUUCAUCACUUCCCUUUAUCCGAUACUUUGUUUCGAGAGCUCGCAUCUGAUUGUCAGAGGCUAGAGGUCUUAUCCCUCUGGUCUAUUUCUCUUAUUAGAUCCUCUCCGUUGGGUGAAAGGUUUCACUGGAAAAAGCCGAUUGAAAUGAACUCUCUUCGAUCCUUGAUACUCGAAUUUAGGGACGCUCAACUCGAGGACCUUUUUGAGCUCAAUAGCAUUGUAAACCACCGCAAAUCCGUCCUCACAUAUGUUCUUGCUCCCAGCCUGGAAUACCUAGAGGUCUGCCUUAACGAUCUCAAAAACAUCAAUCUGGCGAAUAUUCUUCCAGACCCUUCGUCACUCACGAGUUUGAGAAAGCUCAAACUUUUGAGAAUUCCUAGGAGAGUCCAAGGCGCAACGGCAGUGGGAGAUAUGGAUCAUUCUACUUGGUUUAGGAACCUUCCCACUACCCACACUAUAGAGGAGAUCCAUCUCUCCCAUUCGUCGGGUGACGUACUUGGAAUUGAUUUCCCGUUUGCAGACGGGGAUGACCUUGGCCUUCAAAAUUCUCAUAUGCCGGUUGGGUCAGAUGAUAUCUAUUACGUUGGAUGGUCGCGCAGUCACGAAUCCGGUCCGUUAGUUGAUCCGUCCACCGGUUCGUUCAAGAAUCUGAAAACCGUCACGUUGGAUACGUUCGAGCCGGAAAACAUGGUUUGGUUGUGCCGUCUUCUGAGUGUAAGACCCACAAUCCAGACAGUCUGGUUGACUACAUUGGCGUUGUCAACGCUACGUAGGAGACUUGUUCUUUUAGAGGAUGAAGAGCUUGGAGCAUGGUUCAUCAAGAUCAAGAAACAGAGAUGUUUGGCGUUCAUACUGGGUCACGAUGAGGAGAAGGGGUUUGAUGCUGAGAAAUGGGUAAAGGAGAGGGUCGAGUUGAAGGUUUAUGAAGCUUCCUAG